UCUUCUUCUAAAAAACCAAGAAUCAAAAGAAAACAGAGCUUACCGCCUCUCAGUGAUCACCUUCAAAUCAUUAUUGCCUUUGAGCUCCUAAAAUUAUCGUCAGAAUCUUUCCAAUACCUUAAUUAGGAAUCCAAGCCCCAUUAAAAACACAGAAAACAAGAAAGAAAAAAGAAAAAACGAAAGGCAGAAAAGAGCAGAAGGAAAGAAAGGAAUCAGCAGGGAGUUGCUGUUGCCGCCGCCGCCGCCACCGGAACUUUCCACCACCACCUGCAAAUCUUCACCGAGAGAGCACUGGACCUAAUUUACUUUAUAAAUUCUUGUUUUCAAAGACUGGUACUGGUGCAUCUGGAAAUUCCCUAUAAAAAAUGUCAACGUUGAAGGAAAUCCUGACCCGUCGGCCAGUGGCAGCGACGAUCCGCUUAACAGUUCCAGCCGGGGGAGCUAGGCCGGCACCUCCAGUGGGGCCCGCGCUGGGUCAAUACAGGCUCAAUCUGAUGGCCUUCUGCAAGGAUUUCAAUGCCAGGACGCAAAAGUACAGGUCUGACACCCCCAUGGCCGUCGUCAUCACUGCCUUCAAGGACAACACCUUCGAGUUCACUGUUAGGUCGCCUUCGGUUACGUGGUACCUAAAGAAGGCAGCGGGGUUGGAGAAGGGGAGCGGGCGCCCCGGUCACGUGACGGCUUCCUCCUUGACCUUGAAGCACGUGUACGAGAUUGCCAAGGUGAAGCAGCAGGACCCCUAUUGUCAGUAUAUGCCUCUGGAGUCCAUUUGUAAGUCUAUCAUCGGAACUGCUAAUUCCAUGGGGAUUAAAGUCCAGAAGGAGUUUGAUUAGAUUUUUUUUCUUUUUAUUUUUGGUUCUUUUUUGUUGCUGCUGCUGUCUUAGUUUUGUGCCGUUCUGUUGCUGCUUCAUUGUUACCUUUUUUUUUUUUCUUCCGCUUUCUCUCCCUCUUUCCUUUGUUGUGUUUCUUCAACUACUAUGACUAUUUUUUUUCGGUGCAUUUAAGAAUUUGGUGGGUGAGAGAGUACUAUUGGCUGAAAUUAAGUGCAGUACUGCCAAUAGUACCAUUUCCGCGGCAAUUUAGUUACGGUGGAUGGAGUGGAAUGUUAGAUUUUACUACUAUAAAAUUUUUCAUGCUCUUUGAUGGAAUGUUUUUAAUUA